CAGCCCACCCCCCGCCUCAUUCGAAAUGCUCCCCACCCCUUCCACCUCCCACGUGUGUUUCGACCGCGUCUACGAACCAGCUGAAGACUCCUACCUGCUUCUGGAUACCCUGUCUUCGGCUUCCGAGACCAGUUUCCUCCAUGGGCAAUUCUCAACAUCUCCCGCAGCGGCAGAAGGCUCGCCGCUUGUCCUCGAAGUUGGAGUCGGGUCCGGCGUCGUUCUGGCCUUCGUAGCAGCCAAUGCUGGCACACUUUUUGGAAGAGAUGAUAUACUAACCAUUGGCACUGAUCUGAACAGAUUCGCCUGUGAAGCCGCCGCCCAAACGGUCCAGAAGGCGGUAGCAACAGCUCCAACACGAUUCCUUGACGUUGUGAAUGGCGACCUGGCUUCUUCCGUUCGACCCCACUCCAUCGAUGUCUUGAUAUUCAAUCCACCGUAUGUGCCCGCCGAGCUGCCAGACUAUUCACACCACGAAGCUUAUAAUGAGCCUUUGUCUGCGGGAAAAUCUACCACAUUUGAGCAGGACUCAUACCUUCUUGAGCUGUCGUACGCAGGAGGACCGGAUGGCAUGGUUGUCACGAGGAGGAUGUUGGAACAACUACCGACCAUCUUGAGUAGUACAAGAGGGGUUGCUUACCUACUACUAUGUGCACAGAAUAAGCCAGAGGUCGUCAAACAGGAGAUAAGAGCAUGGGGUCAGGGCUGGAUGGCUGAGACAGUUGGUUCAAGCGGAAAGAAGGCUGGCUGGGAGAAAUUGCAAAUCAUCCGAAUUUGGAGGGCCAAUACUUCAAUCUUGGACUCCAUAAGUUCCCAUAACCCCUGAGGCGAGCGCAAUCUCCAUUCACAGCGCACUAUAUAUGCAAAUCGCACAGAUUUAAGAUCGCACCGGUUCCAACCCAAAUAUCUUCCACUAG